UCCGUGAAAAAGAUAACAAAAAGAGAUUAAGAAAUUUCAAGAGAGAUGAAGGGAACUGUAAAGCCGGUGUUUUCCUUCAAUUUAAGCCACAAAACCGUGGAGAAGAAAGUUUGCAUUGGGAAGUACGAUGGUACACACUCUUGCUUAACAGCUGUAACGAAUACUGAUAAGAUUGUCAUCCAUAGCCCCCAUAGACGUUCCGGGAUUGCAAAUAGUCGCGUUUCGUGGUCAAAUGUUCACCAUGACAUUGCUACAUUGACCCUGAGUCAGCAAAUUACGGCCAUUGAAUGUGGAAAGUUGGACCCAAGUGAUGAGAAAGAGGUUCUCAUAAUUGGGAGUCCCACGCAUAUUUUAGCUUACAACAUUGAAGAGAAUAUGGAUUUAUUCUUCAAGGAAAUUCCUGAAGGGGUUCAAACUCUAUGCAUUGGAUCUCUUGGAAUGCUUCAAAUGCCCGUUGUUGUAGCUGCUGGACAAGGUGGCCUCAGAGCUUUUGAUUGCAGUGGAGUUGAGCAAUUUUGGCUCAUAACUGGAUGCAAUUGCCUCACAUUGGUGCUCUUUGAUGUGGACAAAGAUGGACAGAAUGAAAUUCUAAUCGGCUCAUCAGAUUCCAUGAUUAAGGUCUACAAGCAGGAUUCACUCUUGUAUGAAUUUGCCGAGAACGGAUUAAUUGUGGAACUUAUGAGUUUAUGACCCGGACACUUUGCUUAUGCAUCUGACAAUGGAACAGUUGGUGUGUACGAGAAAAAUCUUCGUCUGUGGCGCAUUAAGUCAAAACACCGACCAACUUCCGUGAUUGAUUAUGAUUUCCUUGGAAUGGGCAAUAGUCAGUUGUUGACAGGUUGGGACAAUGGCAAGAUGGACAUUAGGGAUAUUUCAACAGGUGGUGUCCUCUUCAAAAUCCACCUCUCCGUUGGUAUUACAAAGCUCCUCAAAGGGGAUUAUCGUGGCAUUGGGAAGAUUGAUCUCAUUUGCUGUACACAGGAUGGAGAAGUUCGCGGGUAUACAACGUCUAAAAUUAAUAUUGCUGCAAUUAAUGUGAUGGAACAGGAACAAAUUACUGAACUCUUCAACAUUAAGCACUCACUUAUGUUGGAACUGCAGCACUACGAGAGCAACCUCAAGUACAACAUGUCAUCAAAAAAUCAACAACUUGAGGAAUUCAGCGAUAGUCCAUCAAGCAUUGGAAUAAUUCCAGCAAACACACGGCUGCAAAUUGGAAUUGCAACUGAUAUUGAAAAUAAAUCUUCGCCAUCCAUUGAAAUAUCAAUUUGUACAAAUAAUUCCACGAUUAUUCGGGCUGUGAUUAUCUUUGCUGAAGGUCUCUUUUCCGGUGAAACACUCAUUGUUCACCCACAUAAAGUCAAUGUAUCGAAGCUUUCAAUUCCGGUGAAAGCCCCCAAGGACAUUCAGUAUGAUAUCCACAUAAAGGCAUUAAUUGGCUAUGCAAACAGUCAGCAAUUUCAUGUAUUCGAACUCACGCGGCAACUACCUAAAUUUGCCAUGUAUGCUCUACCAAAGACAGUGACUGGAUCACCAAAGUCCACCGAAUAUAUUUCAUCUCUUGCCAAGAAUUGCCCAAGUGGUGAGAAUUGCGUUGAAUUUCGCAUUGAUGAGAGAAUUCAGAGAAUAUGCAUUUGGAUUAAUCAGAAUUUCCUUCUACCGGCUGACAUUGAAGCAACUCCCAGUGGCACGACGGGAAAAGAAAGUCGUGGUGGAAGCUUAAAAUUGCACCUCAUUGCAAUGAGAAAACUUUCAGACAUGUGCUUGGAGUUCAAUGAGAAUGGUACUGUUGUUCUUCAUACCCCCGAAAUGGAAUUGGCGGGAAAUUUUAUUAAAUCUCUGGCUGAAUUUCUCGAUAUUGAUAAUUUGAAGACAGUGGCAAAAUUUCCACACGUUACGAAGCAACUGAAGGAGCUUUUUGAGAAGCUAAAUGGUCUUCAGGAGACACAACAUAAACUCCUUGUGGAGCAAAAUGAAAAAAUUGCAUCAAUUAAGAAUGUUUCUGUUCGCCUCUCUGAUGCACGAAUUCACGAUUAUAAAUUAAUGCUAAAAUACAGCAAUGAUUUGAUGACACUGCACGAGGAUCUCUUGACGAACUUUGUGAUCCGCCAGAAGAAUGCAAAUGACUUGCAAUUUACCAUUAAGACCAUCAAUGAACUCCUGCAGCAUGGAGCUAAAUUGAGAAUUGGUAAAUCCGGCGCUCAGGUAAUGAAACACUUCAAAGAGGCAGUGAAGAAUAACAAUAUUGAAACAAUCGUGAAGCUCUUUGAGACAGGAGAGAUUUAA